GCGGCGAGGGGCGGCGUGCUUUGCGGAGUGCGGGGCGCUGGCUAGACUCUCCAGUAGUCGAGCCAUCCGUCUGCUGCUUCGACUGCAGCCGGUCGCGGGGAUCCACGCCCCGCCCGCGCGCGCCUUAACUCAUAGCGAUUACAUUCUUUUUCACUCAAAAGUUGAAAAGUGAGAGAGAGAUCCAAAAGUUGACUAGAGGGCAGCUCUCGAGAUCAGCAGAAGAGUGCGACGAUUUUGCUACGUAACGAGGUCGUAUGCGUAUUUUUCGCAGAGGCGGCGCGCGGCGACGGGGCGGCGAGGAGGCGCGCGGGCCGCUCGCGCCCGGCCCGGCCGUCGCGACGGCACGCUCGGCAGACAUGGUUCGAUCGCGAGUGGAGUGCGUCGCGCGUGCCGGCGCGUAGCCUCAUGCGUCUGCCGAGCCCCAGCAACGGUGGCGCGGAACUAUCAUGGACGUGGUGACGCCGCACAUCACCUCCGUACUGAAGACAUACCAGGCCAGCGCGCCGCGCAGCCUGCAGGGUCCGGGCGGCCGAGCCCCGCGCGGCCCCGAUCCGCCGCCGCCUCCGCCACCGCCCGCCGCGCCGCCCAUCCUUCUGGCCGCUGACGCCGAACUGGGUGAGCGCGGCGAGACUCGCCUCGAAGGAGAACCCAUCUCCUGCUUCAGCGUCGGCGGCGAACGGCGGCUGUGCUUGCCGCAGAUCCUAACUUCUGUGCUUACGGAUUUCACAUUAGAGCAAAUAAAUCGCGUGUGUGACGAAUUACAAAUAUACUGUUCGCGCUGCACCCCGGAGCAGCUGCACGAACUGAAGUCGACAGGAGUGUUACCGAGGUCGGCGCCCUCGUGCGGACUCAUCACGCAGACGGACGCAGAGCGGCUGUGCGCGGCGCUGCUGCAUGCCCCGGCUGCCUCGCGUCCCCACAAGCUACCCGGCUUCCGUGUAUAUCACGAGUGUUUUGGAGGAGCACGGGGUGUGUGUUCACCCGAGGCGGGUCUGGUGCAGUGCUCAGAGUGCCGAGCGCUGUAUGUGCCGCGCCGGUUCGUGUGCCAUUCCCACGAGACGGAGAACCGCACCUGCCAUUGGGGCUUUGACUCGUCCCACUGGCGUCGGUUUUUACUGGUCGCGGACGAGGAACAGGAUCAGGAGAAGUGCAUCGCGCUCCUGGACGAUCUCGCCGCCAGAGACGAGGCUGCCGCGCUCGCUCCGCUGCCUUUGAAGCAUCAUCAUCAGCUGCCCUUGAAAAGAAAACAGAUAGUGGAGACCGUCGUGUGCAAGACAGAACCACCGGAAUCGCCGCCAAAGAAGUCCCGCGGUGAAGACUACGGCUACACGCUGUUCUUGGACCCGUACGCGCUGCAGUACCGCGCACUGUCCGCGUUCAGACCUUGGGGCAAGGGGGAGCCAGUGCUACAGAACCCCGAGCGGGUCGUGCGGGUCGCGGACUGCUCUCGUUUCGAGCGCGAUUAUCAGCCGAACGUGGCCCUGAAGCCUCUGACCCCGCCUGUGGACGACGUGACGUCAUCGACCUCGCCGCCGCCACAGAGCGAGUCUGAACUGGCAGCCCGGCUGCUAGACGCGGAGGCCCGCCUGGCGGAGAGGGCGCGGCGCCUGGACGCGCGGGAAGCCGAGCUGGUGCGGCGGGAGGCGAGGCUGCACGAGCGCGAGGUGGAAUUAGCGCGAAGGGAGCGCGAGUCCGCGGAGCCGCCGUGUUGACGGGCGCGCGUCAUCACCAGGCUGCGCUACUCGGGGUCGCGCAAUGGACGCUCAGUGAGUGAGGUGGUGGCCCCGGCGCCCGAUGAUGGCGCUUCGUGCGGCAUCCGAACGCCGUGAUCGUGAAGUUCUCUACUGUUUUUUUUUUUUUUAUAGCAGUACGCAGUGCGUAUUGCCACAGCUCUACUGAAAUUGUCGUCGACGUUCGGAGCAGUGUCGUGCUCGUGCCGGCGCGGUGGCGUCGGUCGUGUCCGGUCUUACCAUACAAUUGUGCAGAUGUACAUAAUCAUGUCGAAUACGGUUUCGUUUUAAUAUUGCAGUUUAUUUCGUAGUCUUUUCGCCGUGUGCCAUUAGAGGUACCUUUCGUGUGACCUCAAAUCUGUGCUUUUCGAUGACCGAUAACAAUACUCACAAUAAUGUAAUAGUGAAAUGAUAGUAAAGUUACAACCGUAAGCAUAAUUUAUACAGGGUUAUUUCUAAGGUUAUAUUGUACGUUCGGGUAGAUUAUGUUGAAACCUGAAAUACAAUAGAAGUCAUAGUCUAAAGUACAUUUAGGUUUUAAAAUUUUACAUUGAUUACGAUGACCCCGUCAUUAGUUCUUGUCGUAAAUACCGAUUAGUAUCAGGUACCGAUUAGUAUUAGUAUCAGGUAGUAUCGGCCUAUUAUUUAUCAAGUAUAAAAAUAACUCUGUAUAAAACCUCAACCGUACCAAAUACUGUGUUAUGGAAUAUGAAUUUAAAUAGGACAAAAUCGAAUCACUGUUUUGUUUUUAUCAUCGUCUACUGAAGCCUCAAGGGAUAAAAAGAUUGUACUAAAAUAAUUUAAUAGUAAAUUCAACUUAUUGAGUUAAUCGAUUUCAGAACUUAUUCGAGAAGGUAUGUUUAUAACGCAAAAACCCAAGUCGAAUGUUUACGAAGCAUGUUUCGAUGCCUCCAAUGAACACUACGCUAACUCCAAAUUCGUAGAUUUACAGGAGGAGCGUUUAAACGAAAAAAGUUGACAAAAUCUUUAUAAUUGCAGA